ACCUCUGAAGCCAAAACGUUUGGUGACUCGUUAUUGUGCUGGAUGGCAGCUGUUUUCUGCAAGCAAAAGAGAGAUCAACAGGUGGAAGGAAUGAAAGUUUGAUUUUUGAACUUUGUGGAUUUUAAAAAUAAGCAGAAGUGUGAGGUAUUUUUGCUUUGACUAUUUUUGGUUUGCAUCUCAAACUUUACAUUUUGCUGAAGACAUUUUUAAAGAAGACUACACUCAACUACAACUCUGAUUAUAGCACACCACUGAACAGACUAUGAAUGUGCUAUCAAACCCAGUGAUCAGGGCCCAGGAGCAGUCUCUACCUCUCUGUGGCCCCGGGUCUGUCCAGGACUUACCCCACUGCCCUCCAGGGUUCAACCUGAGCUCUCGUCUAAACCCAGCACCCAUGCUUGGCCUCCAGAGUGGCCAAAGACCAACCAAACCUCAGAGGGAGCUGAGCCCUGAGGAGCAGCAGGAGCUCAGAAGGAAGAUCAAUAGCAGGGAGAGGAAGCGGAUGCAGGACUUGAACAUUGCCAUGGAUGCCCUCAGGGAGGUCAUGGUGCCGUACGGCUCCUCGCCAUCUUCUGCCUCCUCCUCUCAGUCCCACCAGCCUGGAGCUCCUCCAGGCCGCAGGCUCUCUAAGAUCUCCACCCUGGUUCUGGCCAGGAACUACAUCCUCCUCCUGGGUUCGUCUCUGCAGGAGAUGCGGCGGCUGCUGGGAGAGGUAAGCGUCGGGAUGGGGGUGAACACAGGACCGGUCCCCCGGCUGCUGCUCGCUGGAGGGUGGCCCCUCAUCUCUGGCCCCAGUCAGCUCCUCCUCACCCAGGAGUCCCUCCUCACCACAGCAGCGUCCUCCUCUUCUUCCACUUCAUCGUCCUCUGCUGCUAAAUGUCCCCUGUUGUCUCCGGGUCCCAUGGAGGCCUCACUGGCCCCUGUGCAGUGGAGCUCUGCAGGGGCCUCAGGAGGGCCCGUGUGCCCCUGUGGAGUCUGCAGACUGCCCAGAUUUAGCCACUCCACUUCCGCUCCAAGAUUCCCAAAAUGACUUCCUGAAGUUGAAGUUUAAGAACGGACUUGAUGACUGUUACAUGUAUGCAAAUUCUUUUUAUAUGAAUUGUU